CAAAUUGAUAUUCUUUUUCAUUAUUAUUUAUAGUAUGUGUCAUUCCAUACAUACACAUGAUGGAACAGUGUUUAAUAGCCUUUAUUUAAAAAGCCUUCAUUUUAAAGGGUGCUCGCAAUCUUAAUCCCAUCCCCUACCAUGCCGAAUAUAUGGGCCAUAAACUACAUAUGGAUCAAAAUGAAAAGAUUGGCAUGUUUGGUGCCACCCACGUGGUUGCUGUUGAUGGCUUCAGCAGCAGAAUCGUUGCACAUGCCACCAUGCCCAUCAAAAAUAAUUUGAUUAUUUAUGAGGAGGUGUACAGGUGAGCACUAUACAAUGCAAAGCAAAAGUGACAUUGUUUGUCUUAGGAGCCCAUAAAGAUGAUUAACAGCUAUCACUCACCCUAUUUCUGCUUUCUAGAACAUUUAAACCCUCCUUGUGUCUACUACAUCGUCAUGUUUCAGUGUCUCAGAGCAUCCCACCUCCUCCCCUUUCUCCUCCAUGUCACUAGUAGCUCUGAACUCACAUUAACCCUUAUCCAAAGGGGGUGUCUGUGGACACGACAAUAUCUUUCUACUUCGCAAUCUUUAGGCAUCCCUUUAUAUUAGGCAUCAGCCAGCUACAAGCCAAACAUGUUUGUCGUUGGUUUGUUUUUGUUAGGAUCCCCAUUAGUCGCAGCAUUGCUGCAACUAUUAUCAGUGCUCUAUAUCAAACAUGCUUAUUAUCAGCCCCCCCACAUCAAGUACUGAACUAGUGAAUUUGUCAUUGUGUUUUACAAGUCUCAUCAUGACACUAAAUGUCAGUUCAGUAUGUCUGUUGCAUGCAUUUUAUACCAUUGAGUGUAAUGUAUUUAACUUUAACUGUAUGCCUGUUGCACCAACUGGACAUUUAUUAACAUACCGAUACACAUGUUCCAGAUGUGCAGUUGUCAGCAAUGGGAUGUGGGACCAGGUUAGAGUUGACCAUGGGAAAGAGUUUUACCUGUGCCUGUACAUGCAGGAAAUCCUGUCUAGGCACAGGUAUAACCUCACCCGGCAACCCUACCUUCAGACUACAUCUUUAAGGAACCUAAGAGUGGAGAGGAUUUGGCCCGAAAUCAAUAGUCGGGUCAAUUAUCCUUUGAAGGAAGCCCUGGUGCACCUGGUUGACCAAGAGGCCAUUGACAUGCAAGACAACCUCGUGAAAUUCUGUGUGUCAAACCUGAUGUGUCAGGUCAGCCAGAUUGGAAUGAACAGGGUUGUGCAGUCCUGGAAUGCACAUAGGAUCCCAGGCCGAGGAAUACCCAAUGACCUUGCUGCAGGAGGAUGCCCAGCCAAAGUGUCUGAGGACCUGCUAGCCUGUGCUUCAGUUGCGGCAGAUGGAUACGAUCAGGUGCUGGGAUCCUCGUUAAGCAGGGAUGCAGCCUUUGGAGUGGAUCCAUUUCACAGUGAAGAAGACAGGAGCCAGGCUGAAGACGAGUUUGCAGUGGCAUUUCCUGACAUGUCAGUCAUUUUUGACAGUGUGGUUAACAACAACCACAAUGUUUUCUGUGAGGCCCUUUUCUGCCUGUUAACUCUGGCAGAGAGGUAUGUGUGAAAUGAUGUUAUGAAUUGUGUGACUGACUGUAUGUGCUGAAUGUGUGUUAUAAAGCUUAUAUUACCACCAAAAUUGAGUACACAUUGUUUCUUAAGAUCU